CAUACAAUAAGGCAGCAGGGUGUUGCUGGAGCUGCUGGAGCUCAGGAAGGAGGGGGUGACGUCACGGUCUCUCCGCUCAGCAGCAGCUGCAGCUCCGGGGAACGAAAGGCGAGGAGGGAGCGGAACCCCAACACUUAGCCCUGGUGUCCCCCCCCCUCCAUAUUCAUUAUUUAGCACUGCAUUUGCCUCAUGCACCGAGAACCCCCCUAAUAAUCUGCAACCCCUUCCUACACAUACGACCCCCAAAUAGCGGCAGCCGCUUCCCUGUGUUAUUUGGAUCCUGCGCCCCACUUUUCAGCACCCCCAGCUCCUGCAGGAAUAUAGCCUAGUAACAGUAACCAUCUGGCACCCCUACACCCCAGUAACGGAGGGGCUCCUCAUACUCACCGGUCCCCUCAGCAGCAACAACCCGCCUGCCCUCCUCCCCGACACCCGGGCCCGCAGCGCCUCUGUGCCUCUUACCUGCGCCAAUCGGGAUCAUGUGCAUCCGAACUGGGUACCAUUAAUAUGGGCUGCAUCGGGAGCAGGAGCAGCGGGACCGUGGAAGCUCUACGUGUGGAGUGGAGUGAGGGAAGGUGUACUGCUGCACUUUUCCAUCAGAAAAGGUCAUCCUUUGUUCGAAGGUUUAAUCUGCGGGUCCCCACGGACAGCCAGGAGUUCCUGGAGGUGACACGUACCUUCCCUCACUAUGACAUGUUACAUGUUGAAGAUACAGGUGAGAUGUUACCCAAGUCUCGAAGAGCACUAACCAUCCAUGAGAUUACAGCUUUGGCACGGUCCUCUCUGCACGGAAUCUCACAGGUGGUAAAGGAUCAUGUGACCAAGCCCACUGCUAUGGCUCAGGGACGUGUCGCACACCUGAUUGAGUGGAAGGGUUGGAGCAAACCCAGUGACUCUCCAGCUGCUCUGGAAACUCAUUUCAACUCCUACUCACAUUUAAGUGAGGGAGAACAGGAAGCCAGAUUUGCUGCAGGUGUAGCUGAGCAGUUUGCAAUAGCAGAGGCAAAGCUCCGUGCCUGGUCAUCCAUUGAUGGAGAAGAUUCAACAGAUGAUUCCUAUGAUGAAGACCUUCCUCCUCCCUGUGACCAUUCCCAGCCAUCAGAUUUCCUGACCCCUGUACAGAAGGAUCUGGUGCCCUCACGUGUCUGCUGUUGUGACAGUGACUCCUCCCGCACUUUGUCCCCUGAGACUUUGUGUUCCAGUCUGUGCAGCCUGGAUGAGGAGCAGCUUCUCUUGGGAUCUCCAGCUCAGUUAGUUGAGGAGCCUUUGCUGACCAAGCCUCAGUCAGUUUUAGGCCCCUACAGUUGCCUCCAAGAUGUUGAGUGUGAAGACUCUUCAUAUUCUGUGUCAUUCUCGGAGUCCUGUUUAAGUCCCAGUGAGGAUGAGCUGAUUUCCUUCCCAUCAGUGAGUCGUGGAUCUGGAGUACUCAGCUUGCGCAGAAAGGGGUCGGAUGUAAUGUCUUCAGGAGUUGUUUCUCUGGAAGAGGAGGAGGAUGACCAACCCUGAUCAGUACCCAAAAUUGCCACUGUAAUCCUCCAAAUUUUUCUUCCUCCUUUUCCACUUUAUUCCAUCCGUUUAUAUUUUUCAGAUUUGUUCCCUGACUCUAAAACUACCAAACAAAUUAUAGGGCAUUAUCUUUACUAUCGGACCCACUUCUUUGUUUCAUUCCAUUUUUUAUUCUCAUUUCAAAUAUAAUACUUGCUCUACUUCUCUACCUCUGCUUGCUCUGCUCUAACCUAUUUCUUACACUGUCCUGUUCAGUUCCUUCCUUUCUACCUCUACUCUGCUUUCCUCAUUUCUUUUUCCAUCGAUCCUAUAUUUGAUUGUUUUCAAUUUUGCAAGCCUUUGGUCUGUUUGCAUGAUUUUUGCAUCUGGCACAUAACUGCCUAGGUGGUGGGGAGGGUGGGGCCUCUUAGUUGUUUUGUGCAUGUGUUGCACCGCACAUGAUUCUUCUCCAAGUUCCUAACUCGUGCAGGAUCCUGGCUGGGGUCAGUGGCAGCAUGGCUUGUUCCUGUCACCCCCUGGCUCUGUAUAUGACUUUUUGGUUUCCUCAUCUGCACCACAACAAAUUCCAGCUGUGAAAAAACAGGAGACACAGGGUUUAUUGUGGAUUCAGCAGCUUCAGGAUUGUCACUGUGAAGUUUCAGUGACACUGUGGAGACCCUACUCCCCACAAGCUGUGGGGUCGCAUGCGGUGUAUGGAAUCCCUUCUUUUCUAGCGUUUUGUACGUGUCUAUUUGCUGCUCUUGAAAGGUCUCGUGCGGUAACAUCAACCGUUUGUAAUUCAACUUCCUGGGUGUCUGUGGUCCUGAUUUCUAGCUUGUUCUUCAAAGUUUUCACCUGGUCUACUUUUGUGGGUAGGGGGGCAUCUGAGCAACAAACCUAGCUCACACUACAAACACUAGUAAUGAAAAAUGCAUUUUUUUGGUUGGCAAUGAUCCAAUGUUCUACUGCUUCCCAUGAUGCAUCAGAUAAGUCAAACAAGAAAUGUAAAAUUUCUGAG